AUGGAGGUAACAUAAUCUGAAAACAUUCCUUUGUAAAGUGAAGGCAAGAGGUGAACGAUCGGUUGGUUAUCUCGGUGGGAGAGCCAAAUAUUUACACUCCUUAUACUGAGAAACACAGUGGUCAAUAAUGUCAGGUGUGUGUGUGUGUGAUAAAGACAAGCUGUGAGCAAAUUAAUUGGCAAAAGAAGAAAGAAAAGAAGUUGACAGAAACACAGAGCAACACACUGGGGCAUAAAAAACGGAAAAAUGUGAAGUGUUGAAUCCUGAGGUCAAAGGUCAAAUGUGUGAGUCACAUGGUUGAAACCAGGAAAUGGAGAAGUGAUAUCAGUGGUAUCAGUCCAGUCGUUGCCUUAAUCUUUACAGCAAAGCAGAAACAAAGCUUUCACGUAUUCAAUGAACCGACUUAUCGAUGAUGAAUAGAAACCAAGUGGAACAUGUGGUCUCCACAGUUCAGGACUGUCAAUAUGGAAUCUCUUUGGACCGCUUCCUGCACAUUUCACUACUACCAGCAGUGCUGAUCGCAGGGGUGCUCUCAUUCCUCCAGAAGAGAGCCCAGAGACUGGCCAUCGACCACAGACUGCCCUUCCUGGGGCGACGUUUUGCCAUUGUGGUACCUUUGGAUACUAUAGGUAACCUCAGUAAUCGUUGGUCCUAUGGGUUUGCAUUUGGUGCGGUGUCCUCCAGCGUCCUGCUGCUCUUCUCUGAACGUUACAUCCCCUUCACUGUCCCGCCCUGGGCCAGAGCUAUAGUGUAUCUGGUUGGUGCUUUAGAGGUGGGCCUGGCCUUUUUCCCUUUCUUUGCCUGUCUGUCCACACCUUUCAGAGCGGCUGGGGCAGCAAUGGGAAUACUCUACUCUCUGUCCUGGAUCAUCGUUACAGUCUGGGAUACAUUCACAUGUCCCAAUGGUAAGAUUCUGGGUAAAUACCAGAAGUUGAUUAUCCAGUGGCCCUGCAUCCUCUCCCUCGUCUUCCUCUUGGGACGGUUUGUCUACAUGCUGGUUAAAGCUGUUCGAAUACAUCUGCAACUGGAACAGGAGGACCCUGAAGAGCUGAUUGAGCAACACCAGGUGCAGCAUGUUAAGAGCCUGCUGAGGAAAACACCUACACACAGCAAGCCCCACAGCUGGUUCCAGAGCAGAGUGUAUGAGUGGGACCCCUACUUCAAGUUCCCCAACAGGAUCAUCGGCACUGCCAUUAUAUCCCUUAUUGGCCUAUAUACAAUGACCCUGGCAGACUACAGUCUCAGUAAUGUGGCUUUUGACAAAGUCGACAGGUGGAAGAAUACACUAAAACAGCUGGUUACUUCUUGUAACCAGACUGAAGCUCUGGGAGCCAUGAUACCACAGCUGGAAGAAUUCAUCGACGUGGCUAGGAGUGUUGUUAUUUCUUUUAUUCCAGAGUCUUGGUUUACUACGACCAUCUUUGCUAGUCUCAACUCUGUAGCCUACACCUUCCAUGUCUUGGCAUGUUACAGAAAACACAUGAAGAGACUGUGGAAAGGGCAGAAGGGUUUUCUUCCUGAGAAGUUUCACAACCCUAGGUCUGCUGUCAGCGUUGCUUCCAUUGCAAGAUACUCUGGUUGGCAAAUAGCAUUUACACUGUGGGGCUACCUGAUUGUCCAUUUUGUCCACUUCCUGUUUGCUCUGAUGUUUGUCUAUAUGCUGGUUCUUCCUAUACUGCAUGGGAAAGCACUGAGCAUGCUCACCAACCUGGGAAUUAUACUUCUGACCAUCAUUCUGGUGAUCGCCCUGGUGAUUCUCCAGAUAGUUCUGGUUCACAUCUUCUUCCUACAGGACAAAAUAUCUCCUACUGAUAAACACAAACCUCUGGCUCUCAACAACAGGAAGGCGUUCCACUGCUUCAAUUACUUCUUCUUUUUCUACAACGUGGUGAUGGGGAUCGGCAACUGCAUACUGAGGUUGCUGUGCAGCAUUGUGGUGGGAACAUGGCUGGUGUCUCGCAUAGACCGGAGCAUUAUGCAGAGAGGAUAUGAAACCGUGGAUGCAGGCUACAGUACUUGGGUUGGGAUGAUCUUUGCUGACCACUAUCAUAACAGUCCAGUCAUGGUGUGUUUCUGCCAGCUGCUGGUCUCCAACACGCUGGAGAGACACACUGCAUCUGCAUACUCCACAUUCAGCAACACGCCAUCUGAAUCCCCUGUGAAUAGCCAGGCCAGGAGGCGCUGGAUGUUGUUUUAUACCUUACUGAGGAACCCUCAUCUGAUCCUGCUCAGAAAGCAUCACCUCUCCUCAUCUUCAUCAUUGCAGACAUCAUCAUAUCCCCUGUCAGACACAGGGGUGCAGGCUUGGGUCAUGGCAUCUCAAACACAGAGCCGCCAAGCAGCGUCAAUGUCCCCACCAGAGAUCGUAGUCACACCAGCAGAAGACUGUUAAAGAAACAUUUCCAUAGAUUCUGCUCUUGUAAAAAUAAAUUGAUUGAAAUCCAAAAUGUGUCCUUUAGUGGUGGAUCUCCAUGCUAUAGACACUGUGGUGUUUUCAAUGAGUCUUUAUCAAAGGCUGUCAUUUCAAAAAGGAAAAGUCUAACACUAACAUCUGACUGACUAGAUAUAAUCUAGUUAAGGUGAUCAUUUAUUAGGUUGCCACUUUAACAGCUCAGAGGGAGCUUCCAUCCUUAGUAAUUUACUCAUGUGAGAUCUGACUUAAAGAAACUAUGAGAAUCUGUAAUGUAUGCAAUUUAAGGUGUUUCAUAUAUGCUGUUGUCUGGAAAAUGUAAGAUUUUAAUCACUCUUGUCUAGCGAUUUCAGAUGCCAGUUCAUGCCCUGCCUGUCACUGAGUGGGUGGAACCAAUAAUUUAAGCCAAUUUUGAACUGUUGUACAGUAUAUAGACACAGUUAAGGUUAACUGUAAACCUUUGUAGGCUACAUAGUCACAAUAACACCUCUGGCAUCUAUUCUACAAAUGGAUGUGGUGCACUACAGCUGAUCAUUUUUCUUUCUAACAGUAUUAAUUUUAAUAAAACCAUGUGAGCUACACUA